UUUCAGGGACGUAAAGAAGAGGACAGGCGAUUGGUUCUACGACCAAAGAGUUAAUCGUUUCUCUAUGAAUCCUGGGCAUGACCUCGUGAGGGUCUCCCUGAAAAAGAGACCACCAGCGAGGAAACGUGAAACAGCAGGAGAAAAACUCUUGAGAACUGCAGUUCUUCCCAAACCAGCGCCUCUGCCCAGACAGAAAAAUCCGCCCGUUGACGCAGAUCAGUCAAGUGAGCAUUCAGGAUCUAUUGCUUCAAGGGAAUCUCUUGAACCAAAGGAUAAUGUUUCUGCAAAGCCUCCCUGCAGUGACACAGAGUCUGCAGAAAACGUCAGUAUCCUUAGCGUUAAAACCAAGACUGAAUCCGGCCGGGCAACUCCUGAGCAACCGAGAGCUCGCAGCUCCGUCCCCUCCAGCCCAGCAGGCUCCAGUCCGAUGGCGCCGGGCAGAACGGACGUUGUAAGAACUGAAAGCGGCAGCUCAAACACCAGCUCUGCUCCGGAUGUGAAAUCCCGCAACGCGAACUCCGACCUGGACGUUGAACGACUCUUCAAGAAAAGCGUCAAAAUAGACCCAAAACCCAAAGAAUGUUUAUCAACACUUGACUUGCGUGAUGGUGGUGAGAAACCAGAGGCUUCGAUGGGCAAGCGGAGCCGCUCCGUUCCAGGCUUGGACAUUCAGGAGGAUGAGGAGGAGGAGGAAGAUAUUGACCGUUUGGUCAGCUUUCAUAAAAUGUCGAUGGCCAGAAGUACCUCCAGUCUGCAGAGUUCAAAGAGCAUGACGAGUAUUUACAGUGAAUCCGGAGACUUUGACAGCGUGGAGGUGAGCGGCGACGUCGUCUUCUCUCUGAAGUACGAUGAACACACACAGAGCCUCCAUGUGUUCAUCAAGCAGUGCAACGGUCUGGCCUACGCCGAUGCAUCGCGCCUGGUUUCCAACCCUUAUGUGAAAUGUUACCUGCUGCCAGACAAAUCACAUCAAAGCAAGAGAAAAACCAGCAUCAAGAAAAACACCAUCAACCCCGUCUACAAUGAAACUAUAAAGUACUCCAUCGUCCGUUCUCAGCUGGUCAACCGCUGCCUGAUGAUAUCGGUGUGGCAUCACGGUCGCCUCAGCCGUAACGCCUUCCUGGGAGAGGUGCAGGCCGCUCUGGACUGCAGAGACCUGGAGUCAGGACGCGAGGAACAAAUGGCUCUCAUGGCAAAGACGGGGUCGGCUGUGCCAGCUUCACCGUUUGCUCAGUACAAAGGAGAGCUGGUGAUCUCACUGAAAUACGUCACGCCCAAAAAGACGACCGCAGAGAAGGUCAAAGGUAAAAAAGCGCCGCCUGUGGAAAGUGGAGAGCUGCAUGUCUUGAUUAAAGAAGCGAAGAACCUGAUGGCAAUGAAAGCCGGAGGAACAUCUGACAGCUUUGUGAAAGGGUACUUGUUCCCGUCUAAGGCGAAGAGCACAAAGAGAAAGACCGACAUCGUGAAGAAGAACCUGAACCCCCAGUAUAACAGCACGUUUGUGUACAAAGAGCUGAGUCUGGAGCAGCUGAGAGAGAUGUGCCUGGAGCUGACGGUGUGGGACCGAGAGGCCAUGCUGAGCAACGAGUUCCUGGGGGGAGUCCGCCUCAGCUCAGGAAAACGCUCUGUAAAAAUAGGAAAAGAGGAAGUGGAGCUGGAGUCUGUGGGAGAGGAGAUCAGCCUGUGGCAGAAGAUGAUGCAGUACCCCGACUCGUGGGCAGAGGGCACUCUUCCACUGCGUUCCUCAAUGGGAAAGACGAAGGGUAAAUGAGGGCAGAGCUGAAAAUGAUCUGAUGUGAUAAGCUCUGGCCUCAGAGACAAAUGGGAGUCUGGAUUCAUUGGAGAAACCAAACUUAUCUGACCAGAAGCUCGGUGCUGCAGUUUUACCGUCUGCUCACUCCUCCCUCUCUGUACGGGACUCAGCUUAUUUCACCCACUCCUGAUUGGUGUUACUAUUGAAAAUGCACCAAAGCAUCACACUUAGUCACUUUUUCAAACUCUGACUGUAUGUAUUACUAUUUAAAAUCAUGUAGGACACAGAAGUUUCUUAAUUUUUCACGCUUGUCUUUAUAAUCGUUUACAGAAGAACACUAUGAAGGAAAACCAUUAUAAACCGGUAUUAUGGAGGAUUUCUGGGUUUGGAUGAAAACCACCAAUGUGCUUUAUUCUUAUUACUGUUAUUUUUAUAGAACUUCAAUUAAAGGCCUUAUUUUAAUAAAUUAAAUAACUAUAAGUUUAAGAUUUUCUUUUUGGAGUGUUAUCAGUCACAUCUGUUGACCCAAUAAAAGUUAAAUCCAUCGUG